AUGGACGCCCUGCAAUCCAUGGAAUCAUACCUCUCCACCCGCCCACGCUCUUUCCCCUCCAUCGUCAGUGGCAUCGAAUGGCACGUCCGUAGCCGCACUAUCAGAAACACCACCUCUGCUCGGAUAUCCGUCCCGCCACUUCUCAUGCCGAACCCUUCACCAAACACAGCUCCAUCAGCAGCAUACACCUGGCGCACCUCCCUAACAGCCACCCGACCCUUCUGGUCUGCCUGGUUCACCUCCCUCUCCUCGAAAUUCCUGAACACACCCGGCCCUGGGAAGCUUCUGAUACUCGCUGGCACGGAUCGACUGGACAAAGAACUGAUGAUCGGACAGAUGCAGGGCAAGUAUCAAUUACAAGUGUUUCCUGAAAGCGGGCAUUUCGUGCAUGAGGACUGCGCAGGGAAGACAGCGAUGGUGGUUGCGGAUUUCUAUCGGCGGAACGAGAGGGGUGGUUUGGUGCUACCGCCCAAGGUAGAUGACUUGAUAAGGAUGGGAAAGGUCAAGGGAACGGUUGGUGGGACCGGGACAGCCCAGACCGGGGCGGCUAGGGGAGCUGAUGCGAAUGGUAGAGCGACUGGUAGUAGGGCGGAGGAUGCUGCUGCCAUGGACGCAGCAAAGCAACGCUAA